AUGGACAUCCUCAAGGCAGAAAUCGAACUGAAAAGAAAAGGCAGUAGUACCACAGAGGGACAACCGACGAAGAAGAAUGGAAGUGCGACUCCGACGAACCCACAGACGGAAGCAGAAAACGAGAACCAACCUGAGCUGUUCAACAUCUCGAAUGAAGAAGCCGUCCGAAGGCUGAGGAACAAAGGCCAACCGAUCCGCCUAUUUGGGGAGAGCGACAAGGAACGCAGACUCCGGCUGAGGGCGCUCCAGCUGAUCGAAGAACGGACGGAAGGAGGGCGGAACGAACUGAUGCAAGCCUUGGAAGGUGUCGAAGGCAAAAUGGACCUGGAAGUCCUGCCCAAACAAACUAAAGAGACCAAGAACAGCGGUAAUCUCGCUUCGAAGGCCGCGGGCCAAGGGCCGGGUGAGCUUGAUGGCUCCGGUAACGACUCCGAUGGCGACUUGGCUGCUGCUCAGGACGGCGAAGUCACCGUUGACCUCAAUCUCAUCAAAACCGACCCUCGCAAAAUCUAUCCUCAGAUUUACUUCGCCCUUAAACGUGUCUUGAAAGAAUGGGAACAAUCAAUGGCUGAACGCCCAGACCAUAUACGGCGCAGUGCCCAAGGAAAACUAGUCGCAGCGACCCAGAAACAAUCCGCCGAAUAUCUGAAGCCACUGUUCAAGUCACUAAGGAAAAGGGAGCUCGCGCCAGACGUGCUACAAGCAGUCGCCGAGAUCGUCCACCACAUGCAAACGCGGGAAUACAUCCGUGCAAACGACGCCUAUCUCAGACUCUCCAUCGGCAAUGCGCCCUGGCCCAUCGGAGUCACGAUGGUCGGCAUCCACGAACGCAGUGGCCGGGAGAAAAUCUUCAGUAACAAUGUCGCUCAUGUCUUGAACGACGAAGUCAGUCGGAAAUAUAUCCAGAGCUUGAAACGGAUCUUGACGUUCGCCCAAACCAAACGUCCUCCAGACGACCUGGCAAGAAAGAUGGGCUAA